GCGGCCCAGGCGGUGGGAGGAGUGGCUGACAGUUGGCGCGACCGGGAGGGUGGGCAGGCGGCUCGUGGGGGUGCGGGCCCGCGGGGCCAGGCUCACCAUGCAGAACCACUGAGAUGUGCAUAUUCCCAGUUCCUGGCACAGAGUAAACACUCGCGAGGACCUGCUCCAUGGGCUUCGGAAUCAGAGAGAACUCACUUCGGAAUCUCAGAAAGGCUCCAGGAAGCAGCGUCAAGGCCAGGGAGACGAUGGUCUCAGUGACUAUGGCCACUUCUGAGUGGAUCCAGUUCUUCAAGGAAGCCGGCAUUCCCCCAGGACCUGCUGUUAAUUAUGCUGUGAUGUUUGUGGAUAAUCGGAUCCAGAAAAGCAUGCUGCUAGAUCUCAAUAAGGAAAUCAUGAACGAGCUGGGCGUGACUGUAGUGGGUGACAUCAUUGCCAUCCUUAAGCAUGCCAAGGUGGUACACCGCCAGGACAUGUGCAAAGCUGCCACUGAGUCAGUGCCCUGCAGCCCCAGCCCCCUCCAGGGUGAGCUUCGCCGUGGCGCCACUAGCGCUGCUUCUCGAAUGAUCACCAACAGCCUGAACCAUGACUCUCCACCCCACACUCCGCCAAGGCGCUCAGACACCAGCAGCUCCAAGAUCUCCGUCACCGUGUCCAACAAGAUGGCAGCGAAGAGUGCCAAGGCUGCCGCUCUGGCCCGCAGGGAGGAGAGCCUGGUUGUUCCUACCAAGAGGCGGCGGGUGACAGCCGAGAUGGAGGGAAAGUACAUCAUCCACAUGCCCAGGGGGACCACCCCCCGUACACGCAAGAUCCUGGAGCAGCAGGCAGCGAAAGGUCUCCAUAGAACAUCCGUGUUCGACCGCCUUGGUGCUGAGACCAAAGCAGACACUACGACAGGGACUAAGCCCACAGGAGUUUUCAGCCGCUUAGGGGCCACCCCGCAGAUGGAUGAAGAUUUGGCCUGGGACAGUGACAAUGACAGCAGCAGCUCUGUCCUGCAGUAUGCUGGGGUCCUAAAGAAGCUAGGACGGGGCCCCACCAAGGCCAGUCCCCAGCCAGCACUGACUGUCAAAGCCAAAGCUACAAGCUCUGCAACCACAACAGCUCCAAGACUACGGCGCCUGGCGCUUCCCUCUCGUCCUGGACCAGAGAAGAAGCUGGAGUCCCUGCCCAAAGUCAGUGUCCUUCAGAGACUGGGCAAGACUGCUGUUGUGGCUGAGGCCCAGGACAGCCAGGUUACAAGUACCAAGAGUAAGUCCUCAGCUGAGGUCAAGUUCGCCAUUAAGAGGACAUUGGUAGGGCCCCGGGGGAGCAGCUCUAUUGAGAGCCUUGGUGCCCAGAUGGACCAUGCAGGCGCUGUGAGCGUGUUCAAAAGACUGGGCCGAAGGACCUUCUAGCUGGCAUGCAGGGUGGGGUGCAGCAUGCAAUGGCAGGCAGGUUCCUGCUUCCGUCCCUUCCAGCCUUCCUCGAGGGCUCACCUGUCCUCCCUCCCAGCUCUAGAUGACACAAAGCUUGGCUCUUUCAGCAUUCAUGCUGGUUCCAAGCACUUGGGUACACAGGCAUUUCCUCUGGUUUUGGAUGUCCCUGUGGCCUGACCUUGCCUGCUCUGGGACCCUCCCUUUCUGCCCUCCGUCCUUUGUGCACUAGCUGUGGCCUUGGCAGAUUCUCCUUUUCUACCUCUCCCCAGAGCCAAGUGCCCUGCCCCUUCCAUGUAGCCCACCCCCACCAGCAGCAUCUGCUGCCAUAUGUCCUCCUGUCCUGGCUGCUCCACCAGAGGUGUCACCUGGAGGCACCUCCUUUGCCCUACCCUGUGGCUUCCCUUCCCCUCUCCCCCUGCUGUAGUGUCUCUCUUCUCUUCACUCUUUUCAUUUCUCUUCUGUUUUCUGUCCCUGUGGCAAGGCCCGACCGUCCGCUGCAUCCUGCCUGACCCUCCUGCACCUCUGACCUCCCAGCGGCCCCCUCGUCGACGGUGGCGUCGAACCUGUAAAGACUGUUAGCUGCCUUCCAUUCCCAGGCUGGAGGGAGGCCCCCCAUCCUGGCCUGCAGCUGGGGCACCUCCGUUUCCCUGCCCUGGCCAUCUUUUUCCUUGGUGGGUGGUGGGCAGCAGACACUGGGGAAGGGAGGGGUGCUGGGGGAAGGUGACGGCUGUUUUAAUAUAUUUUUGUGACUUCUAAACUGUCCUUCCCCCUCCUUCAGUGGGAGUCACAGGUCUGUUCUUCACACCACACCUACACAGCCAACACCCUGGGGUGGUGGGACAGGUGAAGGGCAUAAUGGUGACAACACCGUAAAGCCAUCUCCCAUCCAAGCAGAGCGGUCUAUCACUGUGGCUUCUCCUGUCAAUUUCACCUGUUCUGCCACACUGCCUGUGGGUGGCUUGGUUUUAUUUGAGAUAGGAUCUCAUUAUAUAGCCCUGGCUUAUCUGGAACUUGCUAUGUAGAUCAGGUUGGCCUCAAAUUCUCAAGAGACCUGCCUGUCUGCAAGUGCUGGGAUUAAAGGCUUUUGCCGUCAUACCCAGCUGGCUUUCUUUCCUUUUUCUUUCUUUUUUUCUUUAAAACUCAAGAUGGCCCAAGCUUGAUAUAUAGUUGAAGAAAAACUUGGAAUGUCUCUCUUUUAAAAAAAUUAUUAUUUUGUGUAUAUGGAUAUUUUGCCUCCUUGUAUGUAUCAGGCACGUGAGUACCUGAUGAUUCCCAUGAAGACUGGAAGAAGAUUUUGGAUCCCCUGGAACUGGAGUUAAGGAUGGUUGUGAGCCCUUAUGUGGGCUCUGGGAACCAAACUUAAGUCCCCUGUAAUAGCAACAAAUGCUCUUAACCACUGA